AUGCCAAAGAGUCCGCCUGCGAGUGGGCCCGAGGAGGAGUUUGGAGAUGUCCAGACCCUUCAGCCCCCCGGAGAAGGAGUGGACUUAAGAUUAUGCAGCAUUGCCGGUAUCCUCUGUAGCCUGGAUUUACUGGACUCUGGAGUCAUCUCGAGCGCCUCUGUUACAUCCAUGCUGAGAGAUCUCCAUCUGGACCAGGGAAACAGAUAUUCAGUCUCCAUUUUCAUUUUCACGAUUGCAUCGAUUGCUUUUCAGCUUCCGUCAACAAUAGCGGUUAGGGCCUUUGGGCCUCGGAUCUGGUUUUCCUUCAUCACUUUCUGCUUUGGUCUAAUCACAUUAUGCACGGCUUUUGUUCAGACCUGGAGACAAAUGAUCGGUUUGAGAAUCCUCCUCGGUAUCGCUAUGUCGGGCGUCUACCCGGGAUUGACGUACUUAAUCAGCACGUGGUACACCCGAAAGGAACAACAACUACGCUUUGCGCUCAUGCAGAGUGGCGAGGUCAUUGUUCUCGCUACCGGCGGUAUUGUCAACUUUGGCCUCAACCAACUCGAGGGCCACUCUGGAAUCAAAGGCUGGCAAUGGAUGUUCAUCGUUCAAGGCGCCAUCGCUGCAUUCAUGGGCAUCAUCACGUAUUGGUGGAUGGUUGAUUUCCCGGAGAAUGCGCAUCAGAGCUUCAUGUUUCUUAAUGAGGAAGAGAGUAAGGUUGCGGCGAGUAGAAUUGAAAAAGACAGGGGAGAUGUGAUGGUGGAUUCGUUUUCGUGGAAGAAGGUGCUCGUGCAUGCAAAAGACCCCAAGGUUUACGGAUUCUGCACGAUGUACUUUCUGCAGAAUCUGGUGUCAACAUCGCUGUCUUAUUUCCUGCCGAUUAUCCUGCAAGGCGGUAUGCGAUUCGGCACAAACAAGGCCAUCUUGUUGUCUGCGCCACCGUACUACUACGCCGUCAUCCCGGCAAUCCUAUCAUCACUUGUUGGGGACAAGUUCCAGCUACGAGGGCCUGUCAUCACAUUCAACUCAAUAUGCCUCAUCAUUGGAUUUUGCAUGCUGGGAUUUACGGACCAGGUCACCGUUCGUUAUGUGGGGACCUACCUUGCUACUGGCGCAUACGUGGCCAACUGGGCGGCAUUGGCGACUUACCAGGCUAAUAAUAUCGUUGGACAGUGGAAACGGGCGUUCUUCGCCGCGGCGGUCACGGCAUGCAAUGGUGCUGGUGGUAUUGCGGGGAGCUUUAUUGUGAGACAGUCCGAGGCGCCGCGGUAUAUGACAGCUAUUUGGGUCUCGAUUGGGUGCGCCGCACCGCCGGCCGACACGAUGGUUUUCCUAGGCAUAUUCCGCGCCAUUUACGACUACGCUCCCCAGAGCGAGAAUGAGCUCGCCUUGUCCGAAGGCGACAUUUUGAUGGUCCUGGAGAAGUCGACCGACGACGAUUGGUGGAAGGCGAAGAAGAAGGUCUCUAGCGAGGACGAGGAUGAGCCCGAGGGAUUGAUCCCCAAUAAUUAUGUAGAAGAGGCUGCCCCUCUCCAGAAAGCAAAGGCCCUCUACGACUACACCCGCCAGACCGACGAAGAGCUCUCCUUCAAGGAAGACGCCCUUCUCGAUGUCUACGAUACUUCAGACCCGGAUUGGACACUGGUUGGGGUGGAUGGAGAUUAUGGCUUUGCUCCGUCAAACUACAUUGACGUGAAGGACAAUGUCGCAGAGGUAACGUCCCCCGCAUUGCCGGCCCGUCCACCUGCCCCAGCUGCGCCUGCCCCAGAUUCGGACGAUGAACAGCAGCCCCCAACCCCCGACAGCCCUGUCCAUCAGAGCCCUGCUGCUGCUCUCGCAGGCAUUAUUCAGAAGAAGUCUGAACAAACCGCGGCUCCGCGGGGAGCUAUCUCACCCCCCCCUAAUAUUCGUCUUCCUCCUCGUAAAACCGUGCAAUUCACUCCAGAAGAAUCGGACGAGGAUUCCGCCCCGCCGCCUCGACUUCCGAGAAGACCGGAAUCGCAGCAAAUCUCGCCUCCCAUUACACAAUAUGCUUCCCCGCGAUCUCCCGAAUCACCACCUGCAACAGUGGUCUCCCCUCCCGCUCGAAGCGUUACGUUCGACCAGAUCGACACCGAAGACCGCCAGCCUCGAACACCCCUCUCCGCUUCCGGAUACCAUCUCUACAACAUCCACGAGUAUUUGUCGCAGCCGGGCAAGAACAAGAAAAUGCCCAUGGUACUAGGCAUCAAUGUCCCUAAGGGCGUGAUUAUGAUUGCGCCUCCGAACUCUCGUGAUGGACCGCAACAAGAAUGGUCGGCGGACAAGCUCGAGUUAUACUCCCAAGAGGGGAAGCACGUCUUCUUGGAGCUGAAAAGACCUAGUAAGAGUGUGGACUUCCAUUGCGGAGCAAAGGAUACCGCGUCAGAGAUUAUGGAAGCGCUCAGUGAACUGUCUGGUCUUGCAAAGGCUUCGGGGCUCCGAGAAGUCCUUGCUGCAGGCUCUGGGCACUCGAACGUGCAAAAGAAGGGACAUAUGCUGUUCGACUUUAUGGCUCAGGGGGACGACGAGGUCACGGUCGGCCUUGGAGAUGAGGUGUUGAUUCUCGAUGAUUCGGCAAGUGAUGAGUGGUGGAAGGUUCGGCGGUUGAAGAACGGCAAAGAAGGAGUCGUGCCAUCUAACUACGUCGAAAUUACAGAAACCGUCCCCAUCGCCUCCUCCUCGAGUCGUUCCGGAAUCAACGCUGGACGGUCGGUGACAGAGCAGAAUAGAUUGGAGGAGGAAGACCUUACGCGCCAAGUCUCUAAAUCGAACAGACGGCAUGAUAGCGAUGUUAGGGCUGAUCAGAGAAGCAAACGCGAAAGCACCGCAAAGGACUCAAAGUCCUCGUCCAAACCGAAUCCUAACAGAGUACGGACUUGGACCGAUCGAUCCGGAUCUUUCAAAGUCGAGGCGGAGUUUUUGACUAUAAAAGAUGGCAAAAUUCAUCUCCACAAGGUGAAUGGUGUCAAGAUUGCUGUGCCUGUCCCGAAGAUGGCCAUAGAAGAUUUGGAAUAUGUUGAGCGUGUAACGGGCAUCUCUCUAGACGACGAUAAGCCCCUAUCUGAUAUCAAACGCAAGAAUACCCAGCGCGCCAAGGAGCAAGCGGCUCGCUCGACCUCAGGAAUCACCGUCGAAAAGAAGCCGGAGUAUGACUGGUUCGAUUUCUUCCUGCAGUGUGGUGUCAACCUGCAGAUCUGCGAACGAUACGCCAUGGCGUUCCACAAAGAUCAGAUGGGCGAGGAGAAUCUUCCAGAUAUCUCAGACAAGCUUUUGCGGACCUUGGGCUUGAAGGAAGGGGAUAUUCUGCGAGUCAUGAAAUAUCUCGACAACAAGUUUGGACGCACCGCAGAACGAGAGAAACGAAGUGUUAGCUUUGGAGGCGCGUCUGUAAUCGAAGAUGGCGAUGAAGCGAAUGGCAGUGCUGGCGGACUCUUCUCCGGGCCUGGUGGUGUGCUGAGAAACAAUACUCGUAAGGGACGUCCUGCUCCUCCGGUGCAGACCAACGACGUCGUGGAUCCGAAGGCUUUUGAGCAGAAGACUGAUGAUACGGUUAAGAAGCCAGUUGAUUCAACAGCGACUCCUCUUGCUUCCGCGCCGGUCCCUGAAAAGAAGGUGGAAGGAUUUGACGACAAUGCUUGGGAUGUUAAGCCUUCAAGACAGCCAUCUACAUCUGCACCCGCACCUGCACCAGCUGCAUCAACACCUCCGGCCGCAACACAACCUCCCGCUCCUGCACCGGCGCCCACUGCGCCUGCGCCUGCACCUGCACCUGCACCUGCACCUGCACCUGCACCUGCUCCUGCUCCUGCUCCACAAGUACCUGCUCUCACAGGAUCUUUAGGCGAGCUUUCAAUUCUCAUGCCCGCGAUCAAACCGGAAGUUACAGCCGCACCUUCAGCCGCCCCCCCAGCAGUGUCCCAACCACCUCCUCAGCCGGUGCAGCCUACUGGAGCCGCCCCAUCACUCUUCGAUCAAGUGGCCGCCGUGCAGCCACUUCCACCCCAACAGCUCGCUCCUCCGCGGAUGAGGCCCCAGGCGCCUCCCCAGCAGAACCAGGGAGGUCUCAUCGCUCCUCCACCCCAGCGAGCUUCAUCUGCUCCCCAAAAUCCACAACAGAGUGCCUUUGGACCUCCGCCGCCAUUGCAGCCCCAACUUACGGGAUAUGGGGGCGCUCCAAACAUGCACACCCAGGUCGCUCCACCGGGUGCUAGCCUGCAAGAUCUUAACAUGCAACGUCUACAGCAGCAGAGCCUCCAACAACAGAUGACUGGCUUCCCGCAACAAAACCAAGGUUUCCAGUUCCAGCAAAAUGGCAUCAUGCCUCAACCGACUGGGUACAACACGAUGUCCCCUCCACCAAUGCAGUCUCAACCGACGGGAUUCGCGCCCUUCCAGCAAUCACAGCCGACCAGCUUCCAGCAAGGAUUUCAACCGGGCAUGCAACAGGGCUUUCAGCAGAACGCCAGCCCUUUUGCAGACCCACCACGACCGCCAUUCCAACCAAUGCAAUCCCAACCCACAGGGUUCCAGUCUUUCUCUCCUCAACCACUUAACCCGCAAGCUACUGGAAUCAACCGAUUCCUACCUCCCGCAAUCCAGCCCACACCAACUGGAUUUGGACAGACGCAGAGCCCUCCACCGAUGCCACCGAUGCCGCCUAUGCCUCCGAUGCCUCCGAUGCCACAAGCGCAACCUCUUGUUGCACAGAAGACGGGACCGGCGCCGUCGAUUAGGUUUGGAGUACAGCCUGCGAAAAAAUUAACGCCUCAGCCGACGGGGAGAGCGAAUUUGGCCAAAGCUACACCUCAGAACCCGUUCGGUUUCUAA